GAAGCGGACUCGUACGGCAAGGCCGGGGCGGUGGCCGAGGAGGUGUUGGGCGCCGUGCGGACAGUGUACGCGUUUGACGGCCAACGGCGUGAGAUAGACCGGUACAGCAAACACCUGGAGCCGGCCCGGGAGUCGGGCGUCAGACGGACCCUAUUCACGGCUCUAGGGCUGGGCAUUAUGUGGCUCUGUAUAUACUGCUCGUAUGGACUGGCCUUUUGGUAUGGGGUGCGGCUUAUUAUCCGAUCCAUAGGUGACGGCACCAACCAAUACGAGGCGAGCACAAUGUUGAUUGUGUUUUUCGCUGUACUGAUGGGCACGUUCAGCAUCGGUCAGACCACACCCUACUUCGAGGCCUUCGCUCAGGCCAGAGGGUCGGCGGCACUCAUAUUUGAAGUGAUUGAACGCCGACCGGACAUCGAUAGCAGUUCCCUCGUCGGCGACCACAUCGCGAACUUUGCCGGUCGGGUAGAGCUCCGGGCGGUGAGUUUUAGCUAUCCAUCGCGACCCGAUGUGCCGAUACUGCGCGACCUGUCGCUGGUGGCCGAACCCGGCCAGACAGUGGCGCUGGUGGGCCCGAGUGGGUGCGGCAAAUCCACAGUAAUUCAAUUGUUACAGCGUUUUUACGACGGCUCCGGCGGUCAGGUGCUGAUCGACGGCCGCGACAUACGUGAGCUGAACGUCGGUUGGCUUCGCGAUCGGAUCGGUGUUGUCGGUCAGGAGCCGGUGCUCUUCGGCCGCUCCAUCGCUGACAACAUACGCCUGGGCUAUGGCGAGGCCACCGACGAGGACGUGCGUCGGGCGGCCACCGACGCCAACGCCGCCGACUUUAUCCGUCGACUGCCGCACGGCUUCGACACUCUGGUCGGCGAAAGGGGUAGUCAACUGUCGGGCGGCCAAAAGCAGCGCAUAGCCAUCGCCCGAGCGCUGGUCCGUAAGCCGAAGAUACUAUUGCUGGACGAGUCGACCAGCGCUUUGGACACCCAGUCGGAGGCCGUGGUUCAGGCGGCGCUGGACAGGGCGUCGGUCGGCCGAACCACUUUCAUUGUGGCCCACAGGCUGUCGACCAUUCGUUACGCGCAUAAGAUUAUUGUGAUUAAUGGCGGACAAGUGGUGGAGACGGGCACUCACGAGGAGCUGAUGAAACGCCAGGCGCUGUACUAUAAGUUGGUCAAAACGCAAGACCUGUCCCAAAAGGAGAUUGAUUUGGGCGGCGAUUACGGCGCGGUUGACGACAUGCCAGACGUCGUGUCCACCGCUGGCCGCGGACUGAAUGGCCGAGCGAUCAGUUUAGUGGAGGCGAUGGACGAAGACAUGAUCGGCGGCGCCGACGGAGCGAUGGCUAUGAAGAGCCGGAGGCGGAGCUCCGGCGGUGGCGGUAAAGAGCCGGUGGAGUCGCCGUCGCAAACACGACUGUUGGCGCUGUUGGCGCCGGACAAAUACCUGGUGCUCACCGGAACCGUAAUGGCAUUCCUAAUGGGUCUCUCUAUACCGACGUAUUCGCUGAUCUUCGGCGACAUAAUGGCCACAAUGGCCGAGGCGUCCAUCGAUAAGAUACGCGACGACGUCUUCCUAUACGCCAUGCUAUUCGUUACGAUGGGUAUUGUGUCCGGAAUUGUGGCUUUCCUACAGUUGUAUUUGUUUGGCAUUUGUGGGGAACGGCUGACGACUCGACUCCGGCGGUUGGUGUUUGAGGCUAUGUUGCGACAAGAGGUGGCCUGGUUUGACCAGAGGGACAACAGCACCGGUGCCCUCUGCUCGCGGCUAUCGUCCGACGCGGCCAGCGUUCAAGGGGCCGCCGGUUCCCGACUGUCCACUCUAUGUCAGGCGGCGUCCACUCUGUGCGCCGGUAUUAUAAUAGCCAUGAUUUACAGCUGGAAAUUGGGUUUAGUUAUGCUCGGCUUCACUCCCUUUGUGAUCGUCGCCACGUAUUUCCAAAUGCGAAUACUUAGCGGUCAAGUCGAUGAUGAUAAACACGACACCGAGGAAGCGUCCAGGAUAGCGGUUGAGGCGAUCACGUGUGUGCGUACAGUGGCGUCACUGCACAGGGAGACCACGUUUAUCGGCAAUUAUGUGGAGGCGUUGCGAAACCAGUUCCGCCGCUCCCGACUCAAGGCCCACAUGAGAGGCAUCACGUUUGGCGUCGCCCAGAGUUUGGGUAACUUCUCGUACGCCGUCUCUCUCUUCUACGGCUGUCGACUCAUUGUGGACCAGGAGCUCACCUAUGGUGAUUUGUUCAAGAGUACCGAAGCACUCAUUUUUGGCACAGCUAUGGUUGGACAGGCAGUCGCAUUCGCUCCGGACUACCAAAAAGGUCGUUUGGCAUCCGUACACAUAUUCAAACUGCUCGACCGAUUGCCCAAAAUACUGGUCAAUCAGUUCACCGGCGAUACGCCGGACAUGAGCGCCGGUAACGUGCGGUUCGAUGGGCUGGAGUUCACGUACCCGACCCGACCCAACGUCAAGAUACUGAACGGUCUGAGCUUUGAUGUAUCCAAAGGGCAAACUGUGGCUCUGGUGGGCGCCAGCGGUUGCGGCAAAAGUACUAUCAUUCAACUCAUACAACGCUUUUACGACACCGAUGGCGGCGAAGUGAUACUGGAUGGUAAAAACAUACGUAACCUAAACAUUCCGUGGUUGAGGCGCCGGUUGGGUAUCGUAUCCCAAGAGCCGGUGCUCUUCGGCUACAGUAUUGGCGAUAAUAUCGCGUACGGAGACAACGGACGGACAGUCGGCAUGAAUGAAGUGGUCGGUGCGGCCGAGAGGGCCAACAUUCACGCGUUCAUCAAAUCCCUGCCUAUGGGUUACGAUACGCCCGUCGGAGACAAAGGCACACAACUCAGUGGUGGGCAGAAACAGCGCAUAGCCAUCGCCCGGGCGCUGGUCCGCGACCCGGAGAUACUGCUCCUGGACGAGGCCACCAGUGCUCUCGACUCAGAAAGUGAACAGGUGGUUCAACAAGCGCUGGAUGAGGCCCGGGAGGGGCGCACCUGUAUUGUGAUCGCACACCGAUUGUCGACAAUACAAACGGCGGAUAAAAUAGUAGUCGUGAGCAAAGGGGUGGCCGUAGAGGAGGGCACACAUCACCAGUUGUUGUCCAAAAGGGGCGCUUAUUAUGACUUAUAUAACGCUCAGAGCUUAACGCACUAAUUGUUGUUUCAUUAGUUUUUUGUAACCAUGUUGUAUAAUAUUGUUUUGAGGUAUCAACUACAUUAAACCCUGGAUUGGCGGCCAAUUUAUCAAAUCAUUAUCACAA